GGCGGUGUGACGCAGCCGGAGCAGCGGCAGUAACGGCCGGGAGCGCCGUUGCUGCAGGUGUUAUGGCCGCCGCCGCCGCCGCGUCUCCGGCUGAUAAGGAGAGAUUCAUCUGCAUUUAUCCAGCAUAUUUAAACAAUAAGAAGACAAUAGCAGAAGGAAGAAGGAUACCUAUAGACAAAGCUGUUGAAAAUCCAACAUCUACAGAAAUCCAAGAUGUAUGUGCAGCAGUUGGAUUCAAUGUGCUUGUAGAGAAAAAUAAGAUGUAUCCUCGAGAAUGGAAUCGUGAUGUUCAGUACAGAGGUAGAGUACGAAUUCAACUCAAACAAGAUGAUGGCAAACCAUGUUUACCUCAGUUUCCAACACGUAAAUCAGUGAUGCUGUACGCUGCAGAAACUAUUCCAAAACUGAAAACAAGAACACAGAAAAUGGGAGGUAGUGAACAAAGUCUCCAGCAAGGAGAGGGAGGCAAGAAAGGCAAAGGGAAGAAAAAGAAAUGAGCCUACGUCUGGAAUAAUUGUUACUCUACAUAGUUGUACUUACUAUGAAUAUGGAUGGAUGUAUUAUUGACUGCAACUCUGAAGUGAAAGAUAUGGGGGGGGGGGGACAGGUGAAACUUAGAACUGCUUGCUUUUUCCUGAACUGGAAUGCAUUUAACUGCCUCACCUCUGUGUCGCAGUACAUCUGUCUGUCUUCACACACAACCUGCAAGUCUAAAGCUAGCAUCCAGUUCUGAAAGUAGAAGAGCAUAAACAAAUGGAGUGGGUGGGAGAAUUCUUCUUUCCAGAAGAAAUAUGCAGUGUUACUCAGCUUAAAAAUCUCAUGCAGACUAGAUGCCAGAAAACUACUUGCCUUAGUACACCAUUUCUCUAUGCUAGUUAAGUGAUUAUCUUAUUUCUGGAUGGUUUGUGUUGCUAACAGAAAAAUGUAAAUGAGAGAAAUUGACUCUGUAAGCUUCCCUUGCUAAUUAUCUUUCACAACUGUCAAGUGUACUAAUAAAGGCAACAAGUUAAUUUUGAAAAA